AAAGCAAGAAAUAUUGCAAUACGCUGCAUGAAAAUAAACUGGAAAACAGUUUACUUUUUCUUUAUAUAAAACAUUUCAGAUUAGUUCAGAUUUUUUUACAUAAAAAGUAUUACUAUCACUUUCAAAAGUUAACAUAGGUUCAAUUUCAAUUAUACCAUGUUCAACAAUACAGAUAUCCAUUCUCAUUUUGUUUUAGUUUGCCCUAUGUGGAGGCGACAAUACGAGAAACGAUGAGACUUGAAACAGCCGCACCUCUUAGCACGGCUCACAGGUGUAAGGAAAAAACCACAUUAGGAGGCUACGAGAUACCGGCGGACACAACGGUUUUCACUAACUUGGCGGCGAUGCAUCAUGAUCCCGACUUAUGGGACGAGCCUGAAAUUUUCAGACCGGAAAGAUUUCUGAAGGAGGACGGUCAAUUAGGCAAAGAUAUUUCACUCCCCUUCGGUGCCGGUCAUCGGCUGUGCGCAGGAGAAACUUUUGCCAGAUUCAAUUUGUUCGGGACAUUGGCUCUUCUGUUACAGAAUUUUAAGUUCUUCUUCGUUGAAGGUGAACCGUCAAGCCUUCAAGAUAAGCUGUCGGGCUUGCUCGUCACUCCCAAAGAGCUGUGGAUACGCUUAGAAUUGCGUUAAUAUUCGUUAUUUUCUCGUAUAUAUAUUCUCGUGUAUACAAUAAGCAAUCUCAAAUAAGAAAUAGGCAUAUCACGUGCUGUCCUUUCGUGUCAGUUAGUGCGCAAAUCAGAAGUUAUUACAUAACACUAAUACGGAAAACAUGUAUAUCAUGCAUUUGAUAACAGACAAAAUUUCUUUGAUAAAAAUAUAAUAACAUGUUUAUUGGUAAA